GUGUAUUGAAACCUAAAUACCGUCUCUUGGGCUGUGUAGGACUCCCUGAGUCUCUCGGGCUCGCAUCGCACCGCUAGAGAUCUCCAAAUCCCAGCGGAGCGCAUGGCUAUCCGAAUAUUGCCGGCCGUCAAUGGCCGAUCAUCACCUGACUGCCGGAGCCUUUAGGCCGUUCCGUCGCAUUCUUGAAACGGUCUUCUCCACCCUAACACUCUCUGCCCGUGAUGCCGCCCUCGCCGUUCGUCCCCCCGCCGCCCGACGAUCUAUUCGGGCCCGACAAUGACGAGUACACGCGCACCACGCCCUUCAGUACAAUCACACCCGCGGACAUCCCCGCCCCCCCUCCCCCCGACUACUCCGCGCAUGACCACUCACCCCUCCGCGGGGGUCCAUACGGGGGUGCGGGCGGCGGCUUCGGCAGACGGGGGAGGGGCGGGCGCGGGCGGUGGGGGAGAGGCGGAGGCGGAUGGGAAGAGCGCGGGCAGGGGAUGGGGGGCCCGCGGCAGCCGUCCGGGCCAGCGUUCCAAGUACUCCCGGCCAACAACCCGAACCUGGCGUCCAUGGCCGUGCUGGGGCUGCGCGGCCACCACGACGCCGCGCUCAAGGCCGCCAAGCUCCCCACCUUCCAGAAGCCGAAUCUCCUGGCGGGCUUCAGCCGGCUGGGUGAUGGCACUGUGUUCUGGGACGAGAGGUGUUUGAGGCGGUUGAGACCGGCUAUUCUGGGCAGGGAUGGGGGGAAAGCGGGUGGUGAUGGCACAGAUGGUGCUGCUGCUGCUGCUGCUGCUGUUGGUGACAGUGAGAAUGGGUUCGCGGAUGUGCUAAGAGCAAUGCGGUCGGUGCUGAAGCACCAACUAGCCGCGCUACAGCCGGGCACAUCCCCCGACCGCCUGCACUUCGUCACCUUCCGCAACAACCUGAACAAGCUCAUGGGCGUGUGCUACAACCGCCAGGACGCGUGGGAAAUGGGCGUGCACAAGCGGCUGGGUUCGGUGUAUCUGGACGUGCACAAGACGGCGGCGGACCAGCAGCAGCAGCAGCACAAGUCGGAGCAGCAGCGGCGGUUCGAGUUCUACGGGUACUCCUUCGAGCGGGUGGCGACGGAGGCAAGGAAAACAGGCCCAGGGGAAGCUGGAGCAGGAGGGGAAGAUAGUCUGGUGAUAGACGCUAACGAGGAGUUCUGUGCGGUGCUGAAGACCAAAGUGGGUGCGCACCGCGUGCUGAUGGGUGCGGAGAUGGACUGCUACGAGUGGGUCAACAUGCCGCAGCCCAGCAGCGGCCCACCCAAGCCCGAGCGCAUCUUCCUGGAGCUCAAGACCAGCCUGCUGCCCGAAACCGAGGGCCAGCGAGAGCGGUUCGAGCGGGACAAGCUGCUCAAGUGGUGGAUCCAGUCGUUUGUGGGCGGCGUGGGGGCGAUAGUGGUGGGGUUCCGGGACACGCGCGGGCGGCUGGUGGGGGUGGAGCGGUGGAGCCUGGGGGAGGUGACGAGGCGGGUGAAGGGGAAAGACUACUGGGAGGCGGGGUCCGUGCUGACAUUCACAGACCAGAUGCUGACGUGGCUGUAUGGCAGCGCGCAGGAGGGCGGGGACUAUGUGUUGCGGUUCGUGCCGGGGCAGAGCAGGCUGGAGCUGGCUGCUGCGGAUGGGUGCCCCGCCUUUAUAGAGCAGCACUGCCAGGAGUUGGCUGCCAUUGGAAUCAGCUGAGGACAACAGUAGGUCGAGCAGGUGCGCAUGUGGCUGUAUGGCAGCGCGCAGGCGGGCGGCUAUUUGGUCGACUCAAGAGCCGCAGGAGGGGGCCGGUCGAGUUCGUGCCGGCGCAGAGUAAGCUGGAGCUUGGUCCUGCUGACUGUUGUGGCCGGGGUUCAUAGGGCAGCACUGCCACCAUCACAUGAUGCAGGAGUGGGGCACAUGGGUGCGCAUGUGGCUGUAUGGCAGCGCGCAGGCGGGCGGCUAUUUGGUCGACUCAAGAGCCGCAGGAGGGGGCCGGUCGAGUUCGUGCCGGCGCAGAGUAAGCUGGAGCUUGGUCCUGCUGACUGUUGUGGCCGGGGUUCAUAGGGCAGCACUGCCACCAUCACAUGAUGCAGGAGUGGGGCACAUGGGUGCGCAUGUGGCUGUAUGGCAGUGCGCAAGAGGGCAGGGGGUAUGUGCUGAGUUUCCUCCCGGGGAGAGUAGGUUGGUGUUUGUUCCAGCUGAUGGGUGCCCGAAAUUCAUAGAGCAGCACUGCCGGGAGCUGGCUGGCUGCUGUGCGCAACACGUGAUGAUGACAAUAUCUGUAGAUAGUAGGCGUAUGGCAAGAGGGAGGCAGUGGAGUGGAGGACGGAUGUUAGUGUGGUGUGGCUUGCUUUGGCCACUGAGUCACUUGUUGGAAAUACCUCGAAGACUUGAGCGUUUCUGAAGUGUAACACUACACUCGAGGAAAGUCGUAUCGGGUACGCGAGUCAACGGAGGUUACACGAGGAGGUUGGACGAAAGAAUAUGAAAAGGCGAAGGGACUCGAAGGGUCGCAACCGGAGGUUGUGAUUGACCGUUGCGACUGCAAGGGUGGUAACCAAACCGACAAUCGAGUCGCUGUGCGACUCGAUAACCGUCCCUUCAACUAUAUUCUACAACUGCUUCAUUUCUUAUUUAUAUAUAUUGCUGUAUGCUUGUUUCUUUAAU